ACGAAGCUUGAAGAAUAAAACUUCUCAUCGCUAUUCACGCCGGCGAGUUUCUCCGAUUGAUGUAUUCAUGAGUUGUCUCUCUGGUCUCCGUGCUUUCUGGGAGAAGAGAUUGAGAGCCUGCAGCCGAACAGCCGGUGAGGACGCAGCAGACGACGACGCUGUUGCCGACUCCUGGGACCUCUUCUUCGAGUUCCGUGUCCUGCAAAUCGCCACCAAUGCCUUCUCUGAACUUAAUAAGCUCGGUCACGGAGGCUUCGGUCCCGUAUACAAGGGCUUGAUGCCAAGUGGCCAACAAAUAGCUGUGAAGAAGUUAUCAGUAGAUUCAAGACAGGGGCUGAGAGAAUUCACCAAUGAGGUGAAACUGUUACUAAAAACUCAGCACAAGAACUUGGUCACGUUAUUGGGUUGUUGCGCAGAAGGACCUGAGAAGAUGCUUGUUUACGAAUAUCUUCCUAACAAAACCCUUGAUUACUUUCUCUUUGAUAAAAGCAAGUCUGCAUCCCGGGAUUGGACGACGCGAUUUCGGAUAGCAACAGGUGUUGCAAGAGGUCUUCUCUAUCUACAUGAAGAAGCGCCAGAAAGGAUCAUUCAUAGAGACAUCAAAGCUAGUAAUAUAUUGCUGGACGAGAAUUUGAACCCAAAAAUUUCAGAUUUUGGCUUGGCAAGGCUAUUUCCUGGGGAAGACACUCAUGUAAAUACAUUUAGGAUUUCUGGUACUCAUGGUUACAUGGCCCCUGAAUAUGCAAUGCAUGGAUACUUGUCCAUGAAGACAGAUGUUUUCAGUUAUGGAAUUUUGGUGUUAGAGAUUGUUAGUGGCAGAAAGAACCACGAUGGACAGCUUGGUGCAGAGAAGGCAGACCUUCUGAGCUAUGUAAGUUUCUUCUUUUGAGAGCUUUGAUGCAAAUAUUACACAAAAUACCUAAUAUGAGGUACUGGGUGUAAGGGAUCCCCUUCACCCACCAUCACCUCUGGCAAGCCGUAGAAAGGGGGAAUCUCCCCCUUCACUGCUACCAGCACAGAGGCUGCAUUGGUGUGGCUAGUGGCCUUGCAGGGGGUGAGUUGGGGUUUACCUUUUGCCCCAGCCCAUCUUUUAGUUUUUAGAAAAAUUUGGUUUCUUUUUUUGGUUUUUUAUUUUUAUUCUUUUAUUUUGUAGUUUAUCUGGUCUUUGAGUGUGUGAGUUUAGUGGUUGACUUGGUAUGUUCCACAUGAAUUUUCACCAUAAGUUUGUAUAGGGGAUGCGAAUGUGAAAAUACCCUUAGCAGCACUCUUCUAUAAUUGUAACCUUCCGCUCCAUAUGUUUUAAGAUCAUGCCAAUAUUAGCAAAAUUACUGAAUGUUUUCUAGAGAUAUGCGUGCAGCUGCCAAGCACAAUAGGGCAUGUUUGGAUGCUUAAAGUAUAUCAAGAUUUGUGAAUAAUAGCGAAAUGAUUUGAGUAAAGAUGUUUUAUUGGUUUUUAGAACAUG